AUGGCACGAGUUACCAGGUCCACGAAAAUUACAAUCUCUGAGGACGAAACCAGCCAGUCCAUACCCCAGAACCAACAUAUUCCGUCAGCCGAGGCACGGGCUCCUUUGCAAAAGAUUACCAACACCACCGAAGAGAUUGUGAGCCUCGAAGACGCCCAGAUCGCCGACGAAGAGAAGCUACUCAAAGCCGCGUUUAAGACAGCAAUUGGCAUCAAAAAGAAGAAUAAACGAGCCAAGAAUAAGAGGAAUGUCGACCAGGAGCAAAGCCACGACAACGAAGUUAUCCCAGACGAUCAGCCAGCAUCCUUAUCACCAGCCACGGCCGCAACCCGCGAACUUCUACGAUCCGACUCAGGGCCCAUUGCGCAAAUCCGCGACGAAUUGCAGGCAACAGACCUAGGAGGACCAGAACAAGACCCAAUGGCAGUUGACGCGCCCAAUCCGACUACUACAUUCACAGGGCGCCUUACGCGCAGUCAAAUGAAAGGUGUACAGCCAGGUCAGUAUAACUACAAUUCUUACGCCAAUCAUGGCACGUUUGCGCCGGCGGUUCCCAGUGCUCCCCAUUUUCAUUAUGGCCAUUCCAAGUACCAUACGGGGCAUGUUUCGCCAGGCAAAUCGAUUCCUCCCGCUCUCGGGUGGCCCGUACCGCGUUGGCUUCCUUACCGUUAUGGCGAUCCAAUAUUUCAAUAUACUAACACGGACUAUCGCGUAGCGGGGCAAGAACAGGCUUAUUCCCAUAGUGGACCCAAAAUAUCCGACUAUGUAAACGGGGAUGGAGAUGUUGCGAUGGGAGGCGCCACUCGAGGCUCUGCCUUGCAUAUUGAGGACAUCGACGAAUGCGCCAGAGACCAAACACCCGAGCCGAAAUCUUCGCAUGACGACUCGUUCGUCAAGCAUAUUUUGGGCCGCUCUCCUGCGAAGCCAGUGUCUCGACGCCUCUCGGUGGAGGAGAUGGUGGCCAUCCACUCAUCUGCUAAGCCUUCCCCAAGAAUCGAAGACUCAGUGGACGAAUUGGAUAAAUUUGAGGAAACUAUCAUUCGAUCGCCUGCUAAGCCUGUCUCACGCAUCGAGGAUUCCCUCGAGGAGCUAGACUUAUUGGAAGAUAUCAUGGAAGCACUCACAGAGGCCGCAAAGGCCCAGGAACUCGCAUCUCCAGUGAAGUCUAGAAAGGCGACACCUGCUAUACUGAAAUCUACUCGUCAACCUACCACGUCGCCAGCUUUAAGACCUACUCCAGUUAAGGCCAAAACUAUCGGGGUUCGAGAAGGAAAGGCCCUGAUGAAUGAGAUGAUGGCGAAGAAAGCUGCCUCGGGAACGUCGACUGUCCGCUCAAAACAAGUCGCCGUGAAGAAAAGCGUAAUGCCACCCACCUCAGCCCGUUCUGCCUCGGCCGAGCCAAAGCCUGCUGCACCUAUCACCAAGCGGCCAGCAGCCAAGCGUCCGGUCAGCCUCAUGCCUCCAAAGGAGCCAAUCAAGUCUACCAAACCCCCAACGCGCUCGACAUUUGAGCUUCCUGGUGAAGCCAUCUCCCGGAAGCUAAAAGAGCAACGCGAAGCACGCAUUGCUCAGCGCCAGUCAAGCGUCUCCUCGGACUCGACGCCACCCAUAGUUUCCGCCAAGGCGAUGGCACCGAAGGUCAAGUCAACCAAGGCCCCAUCUAGACCUACUUUUGAGCUCCCGGGCGAGGCCCUCUCUCGUAAGAAGCGCGAGACUUAUGAGGCCUGCCUAAAGUUGCGAGAGGAGGAGGAAAAGAAGCGCAGGGAGUUCAAGGCGAAGCCUGUCCGUAAGAGUAUCGCCCCGAGUAUGCAGCCAAGGCAGACAGCCGCCAGUCUAGCGCGAAGGAGCAUAAUGAACCCGGAAGACGCCGGAGAGGGGUUGGUGGUGUCGAAGCGACGCUCGGUCAUUGGCGUAUCUCGUCCCUCACUCACAGCCCAGAACCUUGCCAAUACAUCGGCCUCACGCACGCGUGUGACUGCUCACGGCGGUGGCCACAUGACGACUACGGCAAUGAGCGAUUCAUCUCAACGUUCGUCAUCUGUCCCAGCAUUGGUACAAAAGCUGAGCGGAAGGGAUAUAUAUAAGCGUGAUGCGAGAGCGCUGGAAGGUGCGGAGAGAGAGAGAAAGGAGAAGGAAGCUGCUGCGAAGAAGGCCAGAGAGGAGGCAGCUGAGAAAGGCAGACAGGCGAGUAGGGAGUGGGCCACGAAACAGAGGAGGAAGAUGAUGGAGGGCAAGAUUCCCGACGAGGGUCUCAGUGCUGGAUAUGGACCCGGUGGCCAACUGGGCUUGAAGGGCUAGGUGUGGAGUAACUGUAUGAAUGAUGUCGACAAGUUGUGGGUGACGAGAGGGAGUGUGCUUUUGUUAAAACACCAUGUCUUGAUUUGCUUUGCUUGCUGACAGUCAGAUUGGGGAGCACAAGUCGAUGUAUGGUCGGCUCGGAAGGGAUCAAUCGAUCAUUACUUGUGGGUUGAGGAUGAUUACUCGCUCGUUUUAUACAAAUGUUUCAUUUGUUGGCGCGGCGUGUUGGGAAGCGUGUAUUAUUGGGGAGCGGGAUUGAGUCUGGCGUCAGCUGACAGCGUGUAUUAUUGAACGAUUAUUAGUGAAAGUAUUGAAUGAAUGGCAUAUUUGAAAACAA